AUGAAUUCGAGUGUAGAUUUUGGACUAUAUAACUGCACAGCUGAAAAUGGUUUCACCCUGGCUUCCAAGACGGUCCGUGUAGGACAGAUAGGUUAGUUGUUUAAUAAAUGUUUGCCACGAUCUUGUUGAUCUUCAAUACAGCGUUUUUUUGUGCAGUUUUAGUUCAACGUACGCGUUUGGUAAACGCCUGUCUUAAUAGCGGGGCUCCCGCGCGCGCGAAGCGCGCGUGGGACAGAGCCCCAUACCCAUGGAAUAUGGUCAACCUCUUUUCGUUUGGUUGUCACGUGAUUGACCGAGCGUACGUACGUACGUACGUACGCGUCUACAGAUUGUAUGGGUGGGGUAGGGGAGACUAUCAAAAGGAAGGGAGGGGUGUCUCAGGCGUGUCUUGGCAAGUCCACAUCUUUAAUAUAGGACAUUAACAAUAUGGUCAAUUGACAGCUGUCCAAACAGGAUAGCCACUGACCAGUAUCCCAUGACCAUAUCGCGGGCUCAUGUGUCAACUCAUCGAGGUGACGUGAUUUAUUUGGAAGCUGUCCGCUGACCAGUUAACUGUUUUACUAGAUCGCGAACAACGUUCAAUCUCAUACUUUUACUAGUUUGGGAGCACAGGAAAACUGAUAAUGCACACAUAUUGGACAUCAAUGUUUUGAUCAAUUGACAGCUGUCAAAACAGAGUACCCGCUGACCAGUAUCACUUGACCGUAUCGCGGGCUCAGGUGUCGACCCGUCGAGGUCAAGUAUUUUUGAAGUUAUCCGCUGACAAGUAAACUAGUUUUCAAGUGAUCGCAGGCUCAAGUUCAAUUUUUUUUCUUAAUUCAUAUGAAAUAUGUUGUGUUUAUGUGCUGCACAAUUAAAAUUUUGAUUGCAAACUGACCUCGGACGUGAAAAUUCAGCCAGCUGUUACAGGCAGGGAAGACAGUUGCUUUUGUUUUUUCUCACAAUGGUCACGCGUUGGUCACGCUCUACGUCCAAUUUUUAUGCUCCGAUUGGUCAAAAUUUGACAGGUGAGUUCAUGCGCAAAAUUUAUGCAGCAUCUUGAAUCUUGUUUACUUUAACAGCUGAAGCUGACAGAGUUUUGUGUCAACUUGUGAUGUUUUUAACUGUCUUUUUCCACUGGAUGUACAAAAUGAAAUUCAGCUGCUAUCAGGAGUCUUCUGUUACUCAUGGCUAGUUUGUUUAUUGGGUUUUUGGUUGAGAAAACGUCGCUUGUCAAAGUCGGAAAUCCGAUUUCGGAUGGCAUCGUUUUCGUUUUCACCUUGCUUGAUGCGUAAGAGGAUUGCAAAGUCUGAAGCGAUACUGGCUUUACCUGAUAACUUUCAGGAGCUGCAUCUCGAAUGGUAAGCCAGAGAAAUUAUUGUAUUUCAUGUUUGUUUUUUGUAUCUAAUUUAAUGAAGUGGAGCGUAGUUUAUGCGGGAAUUUAGUUUAUGCGCGUUUGUAAGAUUUGAGACAACGAUCUCACCGAGUAUCUGGUUUGAUAUAAUCUUACAGAACUUUAAAAAGCCUUUAGACAGUUUCUCACCGCAAAUAGAAAGAAAAUGUUCCAAAGAAUCUUUAGUUAUAAUUCCAGCCGGAAAAGAAAGCUUUGAGCGAUUUUCUUGCCUCGAGUUCGUCUUUGAAAAAACAAACACCGGGAAGCUGGCUUAAAACAUAAACUUCAGCAAACUUAAGCUUGAAGCUUGAAGAUUCAGGAUAUUUAGGGACACUUUAAUACUUGUCUUCCUGAAUGAAAAUUGUUGUCUCUGUUUAUGUUUCACCGAAUUAUAUUUCUUUUAUUGAUUGUUAGUAGUCUCUCUUGCAAUUUUAAUCGCUAUGCCGAUUGUUUUCAGUCGUUCAAUGAACAUCGCUUGCAGGAGUUCUCAAAAUGCCGCGCGUUAAACCAUCAAAUAAAAAAUAAACAUGAUAAAUUCUUUAUUAUCUUGGAGCGUAACUCUGUUAAUGUUCAUUCAAACACUCGCUACAGCUCGCACUACAAAAGUGAGAACCGGAUGGCCGUAUAGGUGAUUUUGGAAAAUUUUUUUAACAGUUUAUAAAUAUUGAAUGAGAGCAAUUUGUAUUGUGAAAUACUGCUUUCUGUCCAUGGUAUAAAAGGUUGGUUUACACGCACCCAGAUUUGUUGGCAAGAUUUUGCAAAGUAAACUUGUCGAACGCCAAAACGUUGGCCUGGUUUUUUUUCUAAGCCGAAUUGAUCUACGGUGAUCAAUAGCCAUUACGGCUCUUAAAUGUGAUAAAAGAUGAUUACCAGUUUUUGAGUGUACAUAUGAGGCUAUCAACUCGAUGUAAGAUUUGGUUCACUCUUGGGCUGUUUGCAAAUUAUUUUUCUCUAAUGGAAUUCGAAUACAAGUUUAUUGUUUAAUUUAAAUUAUAAAUUUACUAAUGGGAGCCUCGCUUUUAGCCCUGGCUAAAUCUAUAUAUUAUUUCUAUGAAACGUUUAGGGCCAGUUAUUUAAACGGAGUCUAGCCCGUGUUCAACGAAACCUCGUUCUAAGCCCUUUUUUAGUUCGCUCAUUGCUGUUAUCGAAAACACCAUUUCUUAUGAACAAUUUCAAAAAAAGCACAUAGCUUAGACUGGAAAAGCACUCAAUAGAUUCUUUUUUUUAUUAACCCACUAAGAAAGAGAUCUAAAUGGCCAAUCAUUUCUUAAACCACCGCGUAAGUAAGACUUCGUUUAUAUGACCGACCCUUAAUGUCAUCUCACGCGAUACACUCUCAAAAUCGAUAACAAAAGGAAUAAAAAACUGAAAACAUAUCCGAAACGCUAUACGUGGAUCGAUAUAGAUGUUUUUUUUUUUAGUUCUUUUUUGGGGGAUUGUGAGGUCAAAUUCACUUUGAUCAUGUUCUGCUAAACAUAUUGAGGCAGGUAACAUUUUAAGCAGUGUGCACGGUGGACAGUUUUGCUUAUAAUACCCUUUCUUUAUAUUUUAAGGUAUUCCAGAAGCCGCCUUAAUAAACGAGUUACCAGUUGAGACAAAAAAUGUGAAGGUGAAUCUAAAGUGGAAGAAGUCACAGAAUAGUGGUGCGCCGAUCACAAAGUACACUGUGUACCAAAGAAUUGUAAAUGAUGGAGACACGUCGCAUGAAUGGGCUAAAGUACAGGAUAUAACUAGUGUCUCAGUUCGUGAGGUUGCUGUCGAUUUAGAGAUUGGUCGAGAUUACGAAUUUGUGGUCACUGCCUCAAACAAAUGUGGCGAAAGUAAAAAAAAAGUGGAAAAGAUCAAGAGAAUCUCAGUAUUAGGAGGUACUACAAAUCUUAAUUAAAUUUGAAUUCAUUCGUCUUUUUAAGAAAGCUUUGAUUAGAUUUUGUUAGUAAGACUUAUUCCCUAAUUGGAACAAUUUCAAUUUGGUUUAAUUUAAUCCAUUUUCACUGUAAACAUUCCGUAAAAAACACAAAGAGAACAGCAGGGAAGUUGGGAAAGGACAGUUAGGCUAGUCCACGGAAUUUAAGAAUAGAUUACAAUUUAUGAAAGGAAAGAGAAAAGAUUCUUGAAAUACUUUCUGCAACGAUUUUUGAAUGCACUUGUCAGGUCCCAAGCUUUUGGGAAAAUUAUUCCAUAAUUUUUUAAUAAGGAAUUCUUCAAAAAUAUUGUUUCCUUAAAUAUGGUUAAGGCGAAACAUCGAAAUUUCAUUACAGGAACCAAACUGGGCCGAUUAAGUUCAUGAAAACGUUUGACGUCUGUCUCAGUUAACUUCGUAGCAAUAAGUUUGGAUCAACCAAAUCGUUCUAUCCGUCUGCUUCAGGUGAUGAUGUCUGAUUGGCUCGCUGCUUCUUUAGUUCAUCAACUGACCCAACAGACUAACUUUUAAUUAGCUAACUAAAUUUAGGUCUACCCAAAUUGCGAUUCGGUUUGUCUCAAGAAAAGUUCGACGUUUGGCUUUGGCGUAAUAGUUUGUAAAACGAUAGAGAAAUUUAGAAUCAAGUUUAUGACAAACUGCAAACGUUCAACGUCAAUUAGAACACGUGAUCUUUAUUUAUUGCUUUUAUGUACUUGCAUUGCAGUUUAAUCUUUAUUACAUUAACCCGAACACAAAUGGCAGGGGCGGAUCCAGGAUUUUUUUUAGGAGUGGGUGCACUCGUCUCUUGCUCUACUUCAACACCAAUAAACCACAGAGUGUUUUUUUUUUUUUUUGUUUUUGCAGAAUACCAGUUGUAUUAGAAAACCGCGGGUCAUCUCAGAGGGUGGGUGCGCACCCCCUCACCCUCCCACUAGAUCUGCCCCUGAAUGGCAACCUGAAAUUGACGUUUGCGUUUUUCCUUGAAUGAGAUUCUAAAUAUAAUAAUACAGAGUUUCUCUAACGAUUAACAAAAUUCCGUCGACAGUGGGCCAUAAUUAUUCUUUUAUGGCUGGAAGAGUAACGUUUGAGUUGAAGGAAGAAUAUGAAAUUGUUUUUUCAUGUACGUAUUUGCUCAUUUUCAAUUGACAUUUAUAAAUUCAACGCGCAGCUUUCCUUCCUUUCUACGCAGAUGUUCCUGAUGCUGUCAAAGUAACUGAUGGAAUAAUUCUAAAAUGGAAAGAACCAGAUAACAAUGGGGCGGUAAUCAUAGAGUACUCCGUCUACCAAAGGUUUGCGAAUGAUGAUGAGUGGAAGAAAAUUGCAACCAUAAUCGAUGUCUAUAACCGUUCUUAUGCCGUUGAAAUAGAGAAGGGGAAGGAAUAUGAAUUUGUAGUAACCGCGACUAACAAGUAUGGAGAGAGUUCAAUGGAACAGGACAUCAAGCGAAUAAAAGUGCUAGACGGUAGGUGUAUAAAUAAUUAUUUUUAGCGAGAUUUCUCUGAAAAUCACAACGAAUACUGAAAGUUGUCCGCUAUUGCUUCAAGUUUCCCCACUUUUCAAACAACAGACUUCGAGCUCGACAAGCUUGUUCGUUCAGCCAUUUUUAAUUUUUGUUUCUUUGCCAAGAAAUUAUAUCAAAAGGUCUUAUUAGGAGAAGUUUGUGCUGUUUUCUUUAGUUAACAAAGAACUGUAAUGUAUGAUUAAUUACAUUAGCAAAGAAACCUUUCAUAUCUGGUGUAAACUCCUAUUAUUUUUGUUUUUCGUUUUCAGUGUCGACAAAACCGCCAAAAACCCAAGCAGGUAAGCCAUGUCAACAUUCAAGAUUCAAUAGCAGUCAUCGAUGACAAUCACUUUCUAAUAAUAGUCGACAUAUGUGAAUAAAUUACUACGCACUGCAAUCGUUUCAAUUUCAAAUUAAAAUGCAGUUUUGUCUCUUUCUUAAACUACCGCUUUACAUUCUUAAAAUAUUCCAGGUUCUGAGAGUAGUAACACGGGAGUGCUUCACGGUGCCUACAUCAGUGUAAUUCUUCUAUUGUCGAUCAUACUCUUUAUUCUCAUUGUUGUACUUUGGAAAAUGCGCCUUCGUUCAGGUAAGAAAUCGUAGUCAUGACUAUAUUCACGACAACAUGUUGAGCCCCCUAAUGGCGUAUUUGGUUUCGAUGAUUUUGAACCGCAGCUCUUAAUGGGGUUUAACUUAUGGCAAAUCUGCACUUCUUCUAAGCCGUCCAUGUUGAUUGGUCUCAUAUAACCUCUUAUUUUUGUUGGGCCAGGUACAUUGCAUGGGUCUUUUAUCUACAAUCACAACCCGAAAAUAAUGCUGAUGAAACUUAGAAUUUGCCAAAAUGUCAACAGUCGACUAGAAAAAUUUUGCCAAAUACUGUAUUUUAAAUUUAAAGAUUGUUUUAUGAAGUGAACCUCUGCUAAGAUAAGUGUUGUUUAUUUCAGGCUCGUUGCAUUCAAAUAAGUGAGUAUUCAUUUUUCAUAUUAAUAUUUUAAAUGCGAAGUACUUGUAAACUCUUCAGUGAGCAAUCUUAAACCAGUCUAAUCUAGGGUACAAAAAAACCCUUUAUUUUAACACAAAUUUCCACUAAGGUUCGUAAAAUUGUCCUCUGAGUUUAUUGGACAUUAUUUUAAUGUAAGAUGUGCUUGUGCAUUUACAUAAAAUUGAGAGUUGUCGUGUGGCAAUAAUAUGAAAUAAUUCUACUUUUCUAUUGGACAUCCCUAUGCAAUACCUAGUUCUUGAAUUAACAGAAACGCAAAGCAGUAAAAAGCAUUGUAUUGUAAAUAAAGUUUUGAGCUGUGUUGUGAACGAACGAUCAGCAGUAAAACUCUCAUGCUUCUUUUAAAGAAGAAUAUAUUCCACGUAUAAUGACUGUUUUGGGGUAGAUUCACCGUGUUUACGUUGACGUUUGCGACCUUUUGUUUGUCAUUCGUAAACAAUAGCUGAAAAGAACACAGUUACUUCGUCAACCACUCAGAGCUUCUGACCAGAUUCUAAAAAGAUUUCACGUAAUAAGUGGGGGAUUUUUGUCAUUUAGGCGAUGACAUCUUUCCCGUGAAACGUCUCUAGCAGCCAGGAGGGAACAGAGACGGCUAUUCCCAGUCUAAAUGCAUGCCUCAACAUGCCAAUGAAGAUGACAUUUUUAAUUUCCAAAAUGUGUCGAUGGAUAAGUCAUGGACUGUUGUGCAAGGCUUGGAGCAAAUUAUAGUGCAUAAAAAGCUAAGGAGCUAACACUUUUAAGCACAGUACGAUGUGACAAUUGGCAAUCGGUAUUCUAAAAGAUUUGUACCCAUCGCUUUACAACCGAAAAAGUUAUAACACAAAGUUUGUUAUAGUUUCAUGCACCUGUAGCCAGAAAAUGAAGCCACCUUAAACAAAAGCAAUUAAAAUGAAUAAGUGCAUUUAAGUCUGUUAAAAUACUGCUGACUUUGAAGCUUCUCUUAUUUACUGAGAAAACCAAACAUCAAACUGCGGUAAAACUGCGGGACAAAAACGCGCGUCGUUUUUUUGCAAAACUGCUUCAAAACGAGUCCAAAAGCUAUGUUGCGCCUCUUACCAGCCACGAAUCGGUAAUGGGUUCAUGAUAACCGUCACGAAUAUAGAGACAUUAAGUGACCACUAAGCCCACUAUGAAAAUGUUGAUGUAAUUGCUGUAGUAGCUGUAGUUGGUGUACUAGCUGUAGUUGGUGUAGUUAGUGUAGUUGGUGUAGUAGCUGUAGUUGCUGUAGUUAAUGUAGUUGCUGUAGUUGCUGUAGUUGGUGUAGUAGCUGUAGCUGGUGUAGUUAGUGUAGUUGGUGUAGUUGGUGUAGUAGCUGUAGUAGCUGUAGUUGCUGUAGUUAGUGUACUUGGUGUAGUUAGUGUAGUUGGUGUAGUUAGUGUAGUAGCUGUAGUUGGUGUAGUAGCUGUAGCAGAUGUAAUUGCUAUAGUUAUGUAGUUGGUGUAGUAUCUGUAGUUGGUGUAGCAACUGUAGUUAGUGUAGUUGGUGUAGUAGCUGUAAUUGCUGUAGUUGUUGUAGUUGCUGUAGUUGCUGUAGUUGGUGUAGUUAAUGUAGUUGCUGUAGUUGCUGUAGUUAAUGUAGUUACUGUAGUUGCUGUAGUUGGUGUAGUAGCUGUAGUUGGUGUAGUUAGUGUAGUUGCUGUGGUUGGUGUAGUUGUUGUAUUUAGUGUAGUAGAUGUAGUAGGUGUAGUUGGUGUAAUUGCUGUAGUUAGUGUAGUUGGUCUAGUUAGCGUAGUUGGUGUAGUUAGUGUAGUAGCUGUAGUUGGUGUAGUUGCUGUAGUAGCUGUAGUUGGUGUAGUUGCUGUAGUUAGUGUAGUUGGUGUAGUUAGUGUAGUUGGUAUAGUUGGUGUGGUUAGUGUAGUUAGUGUAGUUGCUGUAAUUGGUGUAGUUAGUGUAGUUGAGGUAGUUGGUGUAGUAGCUGUAGUUGAUGUAGUAGCUGUAGUUGGUGUGGUUGGUAGUAGCUGUUGUUGCUAUAGUUGCUGUGGUUGGUGUAGUUGCUGUAGUGUGGUUAGUUGGUGUAGCUGUAGUUGCUGUAGUUGUUGUAGUUGCUGUAGUUGCUGUAAGUUGUUACUCAAAACUACACCAAACUACACCAACUACACCAAACUACACCAACUAAUAAUUACACCACUAUACCAACCACACCCAAACUACACCAACUACACAAACUACACCAACUAACCAACCAACAAACCACACCAAACCACAAACUAACACACACACAAACUACACCAAACAAAAAAACAACUAAACUACAGGACCAACUACACCAAAGUACACCAACAACCCUAAAACUACAAUCAAACUACAUUUACUAGACCAAACUACACCAAACUACACCAACUACAGAAAACUACACCAACCUACAUCAAACACAACACUACAACAACUACACCAAACUACACAAACUACAGCAACUACACAAAACUACACCAAACUACAUCAACUACAUAAACUACACAACUAAACUACACCAACUACACACAAAACCACUACGCAACUAAACCAACUACAACAACCACAGCAACAACUACAGCUACUACACCAACUACAGCUACAUUAACUAACCAACUACUACAAACUAACCAACAAAUACACCAACUACACCAACUACAACUAACUACACCAACCACAGCAACUACAGCAACUACACCAGCUACUACAGCUAACUACUACACCAACUACACCAACUACAGCAACUACACCAAAUACAGCUAACUACACUCAACUACACCAACUACAGCAACUACUACAAUACACCAACUACAGCAACCACAGCAACUACAGCUACUACACAACACUAACACCAACUACAGCAACUACACUAACUACAAUCAACCAACUAACAGACCAACUACAGUAACUACACCAAACUACACCAACUACAGCUACUACAACUUCACCAACUACAGCAACUACACUAACUACAGCAACUACAGCAACUACACCAACUACACUAACACAAUCAACUACACCUACUACAGCAACUAAACAACCAACUACACUAACUACACCUACUACACUAACUACAGCAACUACAGUAACUACAUCAACUACACUAACUAACCAACUACACCAACCACACACUAACAGCAACUACUACACCAACUACAGCAACUACACCAACUACAGCAACUAACUACACUAACCACAGCAACACCCACACUAACUACAGCAACACAGCAACCAACUAACCACAGCCUACUAACUACACCAACUACAGCAACUACAGCCACUAACCACAGCAACUACACUAACUAUAGCAACCAACUACAGCUACUACACCAACUACAGCUACUACACCAACUACAGUAACUACACCAACCAUAUUAACUACACUAACUACACCAACUACAGCAAGUACACCGACUACAGCAACUACAGCUACUAAACCAACUACACUAACUACACCAACUACAGGUACUACACCAACUACAGUAACUAUAGCAAUUACAUCAAAUACAGCUACUACAUCAACUACAGCUACUAGACCAACUACAGCUACUACACUAACUACACCAACUACACUAACUACAGCAACUACAGCAACUACAGCUACUACACCAACUACACCUACUACAGCUACUACCCUAACUACACCAUCUACACCAACUAGAGCAACUACACUAACUAAACCAACUACAGCUACUACACCAACUACAGCAACUACACCAACUACAUUAAGUACACCAACUACAGCAACUACACAAAACUACACCAAACUACAUCAACUACUCAAAACUACAACAAACUACACCAACUACACAAAACCACCGCAACUAAAGCUACUACAUCAACCACAGCAACUACAGCUACUACACCAACUAAAGCUACAGUAGCAACUACACAUACUACAAGUACUACACCAACUAAACCAACUACAACUACUACACCAACUACAGCAACUCCACUAACUACACCAGCUACACUAACUACACCAACUACAGCAACUACACCAACUACACCAACUACAUUAACUACACCAACUACAGCAACUACACAAACUACAGCUACUACACCAACUACAGCAACUACAGCAACUACAGCUACUACACCAACUACACUAACUACACCAACUACACCAACUACACUAACUACACCAACUACACUAACUAGACCAACUACAGUAACUACAGCAACUACACCAACUACAGCUACUACACCAACUUCACCAACUACAGCUACUACACUAACUACACCAACUACACUAACUACACCAACUACACUAACUACACCAACUACACCUACUACAGCUACUAAACCAACUACACCAACUACAGCUAGUACACUAACUACACCAACUACACUAACUACAGCAACUACAGCAACUACACCUACUACAGCUACUACAUCAACUACACCAACUACAGCAACUACAGCAACUACACUAACUACACCAACUACAGCUACUACACCAACUACAGCAACUACAGUAACUACAUCAACUACACUAACUACACCAACUACACCAACUACACCAACUACAGCAACUACAGCUACCACACCAACUACAGCUACUACACCAACUACAGCUACUACACUAACUACACCAACUACACUAACUACACCCACUACACUAACUACAGCUACUACACCAACUACACCAACUACAGCAUCUACAGCUACUACACCAACUACAGCAACUACACUAACUACAGCAACUACACUAACUAUAGCAACUACACUAACUACAGCUACUACACCAACUACAGCUACUACACUAACUACAGUAACUACACCAACCAUAUUAACUACACUAACUACACCAACUACAGCAAGUACACCGACUACAGCAACUACAGCUACUAAACCAACUACACUAACUACACCAACUACAGGUACUACACCAACUACAGUAACUAUAGCAAUUACAUCAACUACAGCUACUACAUCAACUACAGCUACUAGACCAACUACAGCUACUACACUAACUACACCAACUACACUAACUACAGCAACUACAGCAACUACAGCUACUACACCAACUACACCUACUACAGCUACUACCCUAACUACACCAUCUACACCAACUAGAGCAACUACACUAACUACACCAACUACAGCUACUACACCAACUACAGCAAUUACACCAACUACAUUAAGUACACCAACUACAGCAACUACAGCAACUACAGCAACUACACCGACUACAGCUACUACACGAACAACAGCUACUACACCAACUACAGUAACUACAGCAAUUACAUCAACUUUCUCAUAGUGGGCUUAGUGGUCACUUAAUGUCUCUAUAUUCGUGACGGUUAUCAUGCACCCAUUACCCACGAAUCAAACCUGUCUAAAUCAAGGUGUUGCAGGCUACAAAAAGGAGUCAUAGAACUACUUUUUACAACCUGUAACAGCUUGAUUUGUUUGAGAUUCGUUGUUUAACAGACGCGCAAAGUCGCCUUAAACUCGUUUGCAGCAAUAUUAUACAAAAUCUUGCGGGUUAUUUUUUUUUAUUUGUUUUACAACAAACUCUCAGGUUACAAAAAGCUUUCUGAAAGGCUUUUUUGAACUGAGAGUUCUUUCCAUCAAGCUUUCCGACAAUUUUGAUGGAAACAUGCGUGUUUUCAUAUCCUAACCUUAACUAUCACGUAAGUACAAGAAGAAAACAUUCCAAGAUAAAUGAUUUAACUACCACAUUAAAACUUUUACUUUAGCGAACAGGACGGCGGAGAAACUAUUGCUUUGGUAAGUGAUCAUCCUGUAAACUAAAAUAAAAAUAAAAAUGAUUGCCAUCCAUGAAAUUAAAGCUUAAACGCUAUACUUUAUGCUUAUGUGUCAUCACAUUAAAGAUUUAAUCUUGUGAUUGACUCUCUUGUUUUCUUUCCUUUUCUCUUAUACCCUUCUAUCUGGUCCUUUUUGAAAACGUUUUAAGCUGUUUUCAAAAUUAAUUGGAUGCAUGCUAGUAGCCGGUUAAGGCCAUUUCCUUUUUUAUCGUACCCUCUUAAAUCAAGCUCGAGGCGAGGGUGGGUUUUAAUUUUCGCCAGCAAAGAAAAAAACUAGGUCUCCAAUGUGUCGCAUCCGGGCAGGUAUCAUAUUCGUUGAAGAAAAACAAAUACUGUUUCCCUAAUAACUGUUGUUACCAGAAACCCAUAGAAGAUGUGGAGCCAAUAGAACAACCAUUAAGCACAGCAGAGCAAGCUGCCAAUUUUACCUACGAGAUUCCGGGAGGGGAAGAUUACAUGCCUCUUCAUCCCUCGCGAAGAAGCUGGGAGAUCAGUAGAGAACAUGUGGAGGUUAUUAAAGUGAUCGGCAAAGGCGCCUUCUCUGACGUUGCUAAGGCGACGUUGCGGAACAUGAGAGACAAUAAGGAAAUUAUCACGGUGGCGGCAAAAAUGCUGAAAGGUGAGGCAGUAGUUGAUCUAAGUUUACAGGAUUUGGCAAAUUUAAACUGAAACAAUGGAUUACGAAUUCACUAACAGGCUCCUUUGUCUAACGUGCCUAUUACCGCAUCUAUUUUGAAAAGUUGCACAAAGUAACUUUUGAGAGCGAGGGAUGAAGGAUGUCGAUAACUAUUUUGAAACUUAUUUUAUUAUAAUAUAUAGAUUUAGCCAGGGCUAAAAGCGAAGCUCCCGUUAAUAAAUUCAUAAUUUAAAUCAAACAAUAAACUUGUAAUCCACAGAUCAGGGCACAUUGAUUUGACUUUUGAGGCAAAGGCUGAGUGAUUUUAGAGAAAAAUGAGAAUUUGACCGUCCAAGGGUGAAACAAAUUUUACAUCGAGUUAUUAAAUAGUCUUAUUUGUACACCGAAAAAUAGCAAUCAUGUUCGAUCACAGUAGAUUAGGCCUGGAAAACAAAUAGACCUAUUCGUGUACUGUAUUUGCAUUAGCUGUUGCAUCAUAAUGUGGCAUUCACCAGUCUCUCCAACAUUGCUCCGUUAGAGAGACUAUGGAUAAUUGGACAACCCCGGAGUAUAAUUUUAAGAAACACGCGCCACGAUAGUCCUUGGUGGAAGCCAAUUUACACGUUGCAUUCCUCUGUCUAAAAGAGAGGCGAAAAUAAAAAAUCAGGCCUGAUUUUUUGUGUUCGACAAGUUUAGUUUAUUAGUAAAUCUUGCCGACGAAUCUGGUGGCGUGUAAACCAGCCUUUUAAACAUACUUUUUCUAAUCACGUCUCAGGUAAACAGUACUAUAAGGCCCUUUUUAUCAUACAGACCUCGGACAGAAUUUGUUCUUUUUAUGCCCUAUUUAAACCUAUAAUUCUGCAGUUUUUCACAAUUUUGAAAGAGAAUUUGCACUCAUUCAAUAUCCACGACGAUCAAAGCACGCGCUUCCUUUGCACAACAAAUUAUAGCAUUGAAUUAUAAAACGUUUUCAUGAAGAGAAUUCUAUAAUGCCGGGACUUUGCAGUUAGAAAAAUCUGGUCCUAUGUGAUAUGCAGGGUAACAAUUAUGGGCUUUUAAUGAAAACGAUAAAAAAAAAAAUUCCCAAAAUCACUUUUCGCCCAGCCGGACGGGUUCUCACUUUUGGCAGGCACCAAAUUGGCAGUGUGAUUAAUAGAGUUACCAUUUACGCUUCAACAUGAUAGAGAAAUUGUUAUGUUUAGGUUUUAUUUCCCUUUAAUCAUUAAACUGUGUAUGAUUUUGUUAUGUGUAAUCCUUAAAAGCGCGCCGUUUUAAGUAUCCCUGCAUGCGAUGUUCAUGUUCGACUGGAAACAACCGGUGCAGCGAUAAAAAUUUCGAGAGGGACUUCGAACAAUCAAUAAAAUAAAUUUAAUUCGGUGAGACAUGUACAGAGACAAUAAUUUUCAUUCACGAACAGAAGUACUGAGAGUAAAGUGUCCCAGAAAAUCAUGAGUCAGGUAAGCAUAAGCUUAUUUAUGUUUUAAGCCGACUUCCCGGUGUUCGCUCUUUUUCAGGAUGAACUCAAGGCAAGAAAAUCGCUCAGAGCUUUCCGUUUACAGCCAAAGUCAUAACUAAAUAAUCUUCGGAACCUUUUCUUUGAAUUUGCGGCUCAAAAAAUGUCUAAAGGCUUUUUAAACCUGAUACUAUUCAGGUGACUAUUGUAGGUUAGAUCAUUGCUCUUGUAUAAACUUAAGCCGCAUAAACCAUACACUCGACUUCAGGAAACCGAAAAAAAAAAAAAACACAUCAAAGACAAUAAUUGCUCAGGCUUACCAGUCGAGAUGCUGCUUCGGAAGGUCAUCAAGUGUUGCAGAAUCGCUUCAGACUUUUCAACCCUCUUACGCCUCAAGCAAGGGGAAGCGAGUAAGCUCAUUUUUGAAAACGAUGCCAUCCGAAAUCGGAUUUCCAAUGACUUUGACAAGCGGUGCAUUUGUCAACAAAAAGCGCAAUAAACAAACCAGCCACGAAUUACAGAACAAUCUUGAUAGCAGCUGUAUUUCAUUUUGUACACCAAGUAGAAAAAGACAGUUUAAAACAUCACAAGAUGACACAAAACUCUGUCAGCUCCAGCUAUCAGUAAGCAAGUUUCCAGACGCUGCAAAAAUUUUCCGCAUAAACUCACCUGUCAAAUAUUGACCAAUCAGAACAUAAAAAUUGGACGUAGAACGUGAUCAAAGCCUGACAGUAAGAAAAGUCAAAAGCGAUUGCCUUCCCUGCAUGUAAAUGUAAAAGCCAGUUAAAUUUUCGUGUCCGAGGUCAGUUCAAAAUCAACAUUUUAAAAGUGCGGCUCAUGAACACGACUUAUUUCAUAUGCAUUUUAAAAAAAUUGAACUUGAGCCUGCGAUCAUUUGAAAAGUAGCGGAUACCUUCAAAAAAUUACUCGAACUCAGAGGGUUGAUACCUGAGCCCGCGGUACGGUCAGGCGAUACUGGUCAGCAGAAACACUAUCUUGACAGCUGUCAAUUAAUCAAAACAUGGAUGCACAAUAUCAGGUUGCAGGCUCCCAAACUAGCUAGAAAGUGUGAGAUUAAACAUUUGUAUGGCUGUGGUGCGGACGGACGGAAGGUUGGGUGGUCGGUGUACGGUCACGUGAUUGCCGAAUUUUAUGGGAUGGAUAGAUUUUCUAUAAAGCUAUGGGGCUUCGAAUGAAGCCCGUGAUCAAAUAAAAUAUCAGCGCAAAACUUUAAACACUUCGUGACCUCAAUGGAUAUAAAAAAUGAGCCCGCGAUCCACUCAGGUGAUGAUGGUCAGCGUAUACUCUAGUUUGACAGCUUUCAAUUAACCUUCAUUAGAAUAAUUAAUAUUCGAAUUAACAGACUACGAGUGUGAGUAGGACAUAUCAGUCCGGCAUGUAGUGGAAAAUGCCAGAUCGUGUACCUGAGCCCACGCCAUUAGUUUUCUGAUAGUGGUCUGCACAUGUCCCAUUUUGACAGCUGUCAAUUGACCUUAAUUUGGCUUGCCAAUGUAACUUUAAACGACUGUCAGCCAACUGACAGCCUUGCCCGGCGUAGUUUCGUUUUUAUGUUGAAUUGGUAAGUGUGACAUAUUAUAUCAGCUUAUAUAUAGGGGCAAAACGACUGGUCUUUUAUCUGAGCCUACGAGAUGGUCAUGUGAUAAUUGUCAGCGGAUGUCUGAUUUUAACAGCUGUCAAUCUAAUCGUACUCAUACGGAUGGCUUACAUAACUGAGAGGCUAGUCAAGUUGUGCAAGAUCUAUAUUGUGACAUUUGACAUUGGCUUACAUGAAUCGUGUGUACGGGUGGGCGGGCGGGCGUACGCUACGUCAUAACCAAAUUUUCUCGGAUGGAUAGUUUACCAAAUUUUCUUACCCAUGGUGCUCCGCUGCGCGCGCGCGGGAGCUCCACUAUAAACACCAAUGAAACACUAGGUGAGCUUUCCCGCGAAAACAUAACAUUUUUACAUGUCAAAAAUAACAUAUAAUGUGCGGUUACACACACCAUGGUAAAAGGUCUUUUCCGUGGUAAGUUUGCCGCGGUAAAUUUUUAAUCGGGAUACUUUAUCGAGGUGACAUGCGGUUACACGUAAAUUUAUUUACCACGGUUGAUUUCCGUUUUCACGCAAUUAUUUACCCGGCAAGCACUUGAAGGACUCUUAGAGAAAGCGGGAUUUUUAAAAACGCUUUUACAAACUGUUGGUAUCCAGAAUAAAAAAAAUAACACAACCCAGAUGGUCCAAGCUGAAUUUCUGAAAUUUCAGAAUCAAGUGAACGAGCGAGUGACUCCAAAUUCGAAUUUGCCCACAGUAAUUAAGUUAUUUUAAGUCACGUAAACAUAUCUCUUAGCACUGAAAAGUAUAAGCGCUAUAUAGAUAUUUUAUUAUUAUUAUUAUUAUUAUUUAUCUCAUUCAGCAGCUUUUUCCUCUAAAGAAACAGACCUUAAGGGGAUUCUAAGUCACGGUUCUUGUUUUUUUCGUGGAAAGAAGAGUUAUUUAACCUUAAAAAUGUGAAAUGCAAGGAUUAUAUUUCCUUUCAAUUUGUUGAGACUACUAAUCUAAGGCUAAUUUGCAUACGGAGAAUUAACUAACAUUCAUCGUCCACGAGGAAAAAACUCAAGAAAAAGCGACUACAACGUUUUGUCCAUAUGUUUUCAAAAACCCAACAUUUAAAGGGUCUAAGGACGUUUGGUAAUAACUAGAAACGUUAUAGGUGUGGAAAUUAGUCGAUCAGAUGCGGACGAGUGUAGCUAAAUGUCGUGGGUCGUGGGUCGUGGGUAGAGGUCGUGGGUCGUGGGUGAGGGUCUUGGGUGUGGGUGUGGGUAAAUGUCGUGGGUAUCCAUACCUGAGCUAUCGCCGCGAAAUAAACGAAACAGACGUAAAUUAUACCUGCAGUUUGCAGGAAGUAUGGGACAGCUCUGACGCCGCCUAAUGGAAAUAGCUGCUCACUAUUUAUCUUUAUUCGAUCUACAAUUCCAAUGAUCAGUAGAGAUUUUUUAACACGAUGGAAUGCGAUCACCUUGAGAAAGGGAAGGGAAAAGGACAAUUUUUAGGUAUUUCACAUUUUUGGUUAGAAGUUUUAGGUCUCUUACCUUACGAGGGAACUACCUUCAUUCCCAACUUUUUGUUUUGUUUUGUGUACAAACUCUUUGCUGUAACGAUUCGAAAUAUCAUUCCUUAAACUGAAAGGACGUUUCAGUCACGAAUGUUGCCAUCUUUGAGAAAAAGCAGUUCAGUCUCCAGUUUUUGUAUAGCCUGCUUCAGGUUUACAUAGUGCACAGAGUUUCUUUUAUUUUUCACCUAAAUGUCUUUUUAGUGUCCGUUUUUACUUGAGGAUUCGGUUAUUUCCUUUGCUGACCGCGGGGAAGGGGAAUAGGACUGGUAUGUACGCUGAGAUUUUCGUUUCAUGAAUUUUACAACUUUUUGCUAUUUAAUUUUUUAAUUACGUUCUAAUUCGCUUCGCUCAAACGAACGUAAAUUAUUUAUCGCUUAAAUAACCGCAAACACUUGGCGAAAUCAGAUAUGGAUGGAUCGCGUGCGAACCCUAACACUUUAAUGAAAAGUAAUCUUACAGCAUUGGUAAAGGAAAAACAGAUAACAUAUUUAAAUAUGAGUUAAAUACCUAAAUGUUUCGUCACACUUAAACGAUUACAUUCUGUCUCUAAAACGUACAUGUCUUUUGCUUCGUCUGUUUUCCACCGCCCAUGAAGUUUUAACAACCUCUCAGAAACGGCUUUGGAAGCGUUAUUACUGAUAACUGCUGUAGCACCCCCUGAACGCAGACUAUGUAGGCCAUAUUCCUUGGGGUCAUAGCCCAAAUCUUUCAAAGUAGUCUUAAAUAUUUCCCUGCAGCGAGUAUAGGAUAACUUGCCAUUCCUAAGGGUAUAUCCCGACUUGUUCUUCGUUAAUGGCCUGAAUAAAGGCAAGUCACUAGACAGAUCCAAAUUGGCUGCUUCAAUAUACCUACGUAAGAUAGCUACUGGGCAGUAUUUGCCCUCUAACUUAGCAAUAUAAACAUAAUUGCCCUCUCUAUAUACAUCCGUUUUACUCCUUGGCACAAAAAUUUUAAGAAAACCAUCGCAAAACGUGAGGUGUUUUGGCUGAAUAUUAGCCAACUCGUUAAAACGAAAAAAUCCUGCAAAACCUAAAGAACUUAUUGCGGCAAUACGUAAGUCCUUUAAAGAUGCUUCCUCAGCGCCAUGUCUGUCAAUAAUGCUUCUAAUGAUAGCAGGGUCCACGGGCUUUUUCUUGUGAACUGGAUUGCUCCUUGUCCUCUUGGCGCACUCAAUCAAGUUCUUGCAACAAGCGUUAUCCAAAGGAUUGGGACCAUCAUCAGGAACAAAGGAAUGGAACCAUUUCAGCGCAGCAUGGACCAAAACCAUUGCGGCCGGGGACCUAAGCUGUUGAUCUAAGCCAAAUAGAUAAAGGGCGACAACAGAAGAAGAAAAUGGCAACUGUAGCGCAAUUUUCCGAGUCCUACACCACAGUAAAAACUUUAUUUCCUUAAGAUACUUCUUCGCAGUAGAGUCUGCCCUAGAACAAAGUAAACUACUAAAUAAAGAAUGAAAAUCCGGCCUAAUAGCAGGAGGGAGCACCAUCCAUGCCUUACUUGCAACUACGACCUGCAAGAAAAAAUUAUAUCACCAAAAUUUUGCAACAACAGGAUAGCGGCUUUAGGAAAUGCAACACAAGCGAUGAUAGCGAUUCUAAUAAAAGGCCCCAUGCCUAUGACGCAAUGUCCGCAGGCAGCAUAAUAGAAAGAAACCACAGCGACCUCCCUGGGGCAAAAUAGGCAUGCAAAGUAGCUCCUAAACAAAGCCAUAGCGAAAAACCUACAAAGAAAACUAAUAACAAACGCGUAAAAACUGCAUAUAUAUCCUAAAGGCGACUUGCUCUAGAAGAUCAUUUAAAUCCCCCAAAAAGGCCCCAUAAACGACAGGCAAACGAAUAUAAAAUAGGCAACACCCUAUCUGGGACACAGUCACCUCGAACACCUAAAUAACCUAACAAUCGGAAAAAACAAAAAGUUACAGCCUUGAUAGGAAAGGUAAGUAACCUAAACCAACAAGAAUAACGCAGCUCAACCUUGUGAAAAAACCUUGGCCAGAAUAGCAGGUUGAGUUACGAUUCGCAAACCAGUGUCAAAAAAAAAGCGACACAAUUUUCCACACGUGAACAGGUCUCUCAUUGUCGAGAGAACUCGAAAACUCGUUCUACUAACAGAAAUCCAAAACGACAGAAAUCUUCUCCGACGGACGCAGUCGUCCCUUCACAUGACCCGUGUCAUAUACUCUGGACACAGCUGUCCAUGCUAUUAAUGACCAGUGUCAAAUCUUGCAAAUACCAGUACUAAAAGCUAGUUCAGAAUGACCUACUCGAAGGGCAAUAAAGGUUGGAUAAUCCUUACAAAAAUUCAAAUCUAAGCGCGACAACCUCGCCUGUAAAACGAGGCGAACCAAGGAAUGAACUUAAAUUUCUUCCCAGGGUGAGAGCUCGGAAUGCAUUCAGCGUAAAACAUCCUUUCAUGAACAACCGAUAUUUACUAGUCAGAAGAGGCCAAAAACUCGACGAAGGCCAUAAUGGGACUACAAGAGUAGCCAUUGCUUUCUGUAGGCUCAAAUAAUGGAUAACGCGGGCGACAAGAGAAACUGGAGGAACCACUAAACAGUUCUCGGAACUUAACUCUUGGGCAAAGAAGUCAAUUCCUGACGUACCCGGAUUCCAGAAACGCGAAAAGAAUCUAGGAAGCUUAGCUGUAUAAUAAUUGGCAAAACAGUCAACUGUAUGUGGGCCCCAUAACUCCUCCAAACUUAGAAAAAGAUCAUGCGUGAUUUGCCAAUCGUCAAAAUCUAUAAGGCGACUGAUAUAAUCCGCCUUCUCGUUCUCAGUUCGUGGGAUCCACUGCACCUCCAAACGAAUAGAGUGCUCCGCGCAAAACUGAAAAAUUUUAAUAGCAAGCCUGUGCAAAUCCAAUUUCAUGCUACCGACUUCUAUAAUUCUAGCCGCCGCCUGGCUAUCAGUGAACCACUUGACCAGUGAACCUUCCAAAAUUGGCGCAAAAGACUCUAGCGAAAAAUCAAUGGCUGCAAGUUCUCUCCAAGUAGAGCUCUUAGAACAUUCUGAAGGCUCCCAAAGCUUGUGACACACACAAUCCUCAUUAAGGGUAAUAACUGAACCGCACCCUGUAGCGCUAGCAUCGGAGUAAGCGAAACGUUGUGGCUUAUUAAAGAGAAAACAAUCGCGCACUUUGAUGGAAUUUAGGUUGUUUCUCCAAAAAUAUAGCUCCUCAAUACAAUAAGAAUCCAUCUCAACUUUCGCGUCCCAGUGCUGCACGCUUAAUGUAGACAUAAUGCAGUGCCUAGUCAUGAUCCUAGAAAUGUUCCCGGAAACAGGCGCUGUAGAAAUUAUCUGCCCUGUAAAAGAGGCCAAUCUUCUG